CGCGUGUGCUGGGACCAGUGCCAAACGGAUUGUGAAUCUGUGCAGACUGUUUUUCGAUUGUGACAACCCCCUCAGGUGAAUCGGAAUCGGUGGCGUAUCGGUGCGACAAGAAACGUUGGAGCACACGCGCACCGUCCGCGGCAUUCGUGUCUAUAUAUGUGUCUACGUAGACAUAUAUGUAUAUAACGCACGUGUAUCUACUACUUAUAUAUAUACAUACUCAUCGCUGACGCGAAGAGACCCGCGAAGGAUACAACCGGCGCGGCGUUACUCCUGGCCUCAAGGCUGUGCGUUCGCGAGUGUCCGCGUGAUAGUGGUUAUGCGAUCACGAUGAUUGUGAAGAACGCGAUAGAGGAUCAAUCGAUACCAAUGGAGAUCAUACUCACCCGUGAUCAGAGGACUACGUCCCACCGGGUACAUGACUAUGCCAUGCGAGUCAACGCGCUGACAUCGAAGUCGACGAUGUCGUCGUUGCAACAGACCAAAUAUCAGGACAUCGUCGCGAGACGUCAUUGCAUCAAAGCGAUGCAAACUGCGAAAACGCUUAAACGAGAGAAAAAGAGUGAUUCGCACCUCAUGCCAACAUUUUAUCACGACCGGAGAACACGACAUUCUAACGCAUCCUUCAACAUACUCAGAUCUCUAAGGUUAGGCAGUGUAUUGGUGAUCCUACUAGUACUUUCGGCGCGAAGUGCCCCAAUAAUGAAUUCCCCGAGCAAAACGGAUGAUAUGAAAUGGGUAAAUCCCUGUGGCGUCUCUACCAAAUUACGAACAAACGGCUCCAAUCCGGACAUUGCUCAGUUGGAGGACCAUGAUCUCCUCAAUCAAAUAGUACUCCAAGCGAAAACGGCGUUAAGGCAUGCGCAACUUUUUAGAGAUGAAUUUAUCAGACAAACCUUCAAGACGGACUUCGCCAGCGUCCACAAUUUGUGGAGGAAAAGUCAUUACGAUUGGCUGCCUACACGAACUGAAAUACCCAAAGAACUGGGAGAGGAACUGGAUCCCGAGCAUCUGAACAAAUUGGAUAUUAACACGUCUCUCGUCGACGCGUAUGAAUAUAUGCAGAAGUAUGCGGUGGGCUUGGAGCAGGUAGUCUUGGAUCAAAAGGACUAUCAGCCUAAAUAUCAUCAGAAAUUCACGGAAGCCGAAUGGAAGCUUCGAGCGGUUCUCUGUGAGAUCCAAGUUGCUUUAGAAGAGCGUAGCGUAACGCGACGGCCGGAUGUCACUCGAGAUGUCAUGACGUCUGAUUUCCGAACGAUGACGGAUAUGACGUUCCGCGAUCUGCGCGACUGGUUGAUUUUCCGCGAAUAUAUGAACGGCCUCGAGUACGUGGUACAAGUAUUUUCGCACCUACGCCAACGCCUGUAAUCUGCGCAAUCCCGAAGAUCCGCAUGACGAAAGCCGAGAAAGGGGUACUAGGCGAUACUCGUCAUCUCUCAUCUCAAAAAAUUAACACAGUCGACUGGAGGCUCCAUUUUCCCGAGGUGAUACAAGGAAGAAGAUAAAAGGGACAGAAAGGACUAUCUUCUGAUUAUCAUUAGAAGGGCACAAUUUUAAUGAAAAUGUGCCUCAAGAAAGAUCGGGCUAUUUGUUGGUAUCGACGAUGAGGAUCGAUUGAUAUUGUCGAACCGACCGAUAUACCGCAUCGCAAUGACUGCAUUAAGCUUCUAUGAUAACUUCGAGAUAGAAGUGCCAUCAGUGCUCCCGACACCUCAUCAUACCCUUUUCGACACUCUUUAAUGGGUACUUCGUGCGGUACCGGAGAGAA